CGCUCGGCACGGAGUCGCGCUCGCAGCCGCGCUCGCGGAGGAUCAAGGCUUCAGGCGCUGGCGCCGGGGCCGCGGAGGAGGCGACUUCGCUGCCUGCCUGCGGCGGGCCCGACCGGGCGCCCGGAGAGCGGCGCCCCGAGGCCCCGGCACCCUGGGCGCUCCUGGGCGUGCAGAGUUCUCCUAGAAGCUUCCCAGGAAUCCCAUCUACCCUGAGGUUGAUGAGUUUGCCUUGGGAGUCCUCGAGCAGGUGAAACCAGAGGCCACCAUGGGUCAGAAGGUCACUGGAGGGAUCAAGACUGUGGACAUGCAGGACGCCACCUACCGGCCCCUAAAGCAGGAGCUCCAGGGCCUGGAUUACUGCAAGCCCACACGGCUGGACCUGCUGCUCGACAUGCCGCCUGUGUCCCACGACAUCCAGCUGCUGCACUCUUGGAACAACAACGACCGCUCGCUCAACGUCUUUGUCAAGGAGGACGACAAGCUGAUCUUUCACCGGCAUCCGGUGGCCCAGAGCACGGACGCCAUCAGGGGCAAAGUCGGGUACACCAGAGGGCUGCAUGUGUGGCAGAUCACAUGGGCCAUGCGACAGCGGGGCACGCAUGCUGUGGUGGGGGUGGCCACAGCUGACGCCCCACUGCACUCGGUUGGGUACACAACCCUCGUGGGGAAUAACCACGAGUCCUGGGGCUGGGACUUGGGGCGCAACCGGCUCUACCAUGAUGGGAAGAACCAGCCAAGCAAAACGUACCCAGCCUUUCUGGAGCCAGAUGAGACGUUCAUCGUCCCCGACUCUUUCCUCGUGGCCCUGGACAUGGAUGACGGGACCCUGAGCUUCAUUGUGGAUGGACAGUACAUGGGAGUGGCUUUUCGGGGACUCAAGGGCAAAAAACUGUAUCCUGUAGUGAGUGCCGUCUGGGGCCACUGUGAGAUCCGCAUGCGCUACUUGAAUGGACUUGAUCAGCAGUGCUGGAGCCAGGGAGGUGAAGGCAGACGAGGGGAGCAUCCUCACCUGGCCACCGAGGGACUCUCAUGAGCUCUGGGAGUUCACACAGCCACUCUGUUCCUGCCUCCCAGCUCCCGGGAGGGGUCUGGGCCUGUUUGCCCUCGGUGAGCCAGCAGGUUCUGCUGCUGCAUCCCGAGGCCCAGACAUGUGUCCUGUGCAUGGGUGACACUGCUUAACUCUGCAUCCCAGGGGAGGUUGGGAGCUUUUGUGACUUCUUGUUUGGAAAAUCCUGAAGGGGUUGGGAGGCUUAUGAGGAUGGAAAUAGUUUGCUGGGAACCAUGUCUGUGAGCUGGAAUCUGGAUGAAGACUUCAAAGUAUCACAUCAGGACACGGUCAACGAAGACCCCUUCCUCUCCACCCUAAUCAGAAGGCCAGGCCAUGCCAGGGCCCCUUCAUCCUGUCUUCCCCAGCCCUGAUCAGACAUGGCUGACUUUGGAGGGUCCAGACGGGAGCCUGGAUGCAGCCAGUCCCUGGGAUGCUGAGCAUGGCAUGUGGUCCUCUGCCCAUGGCGGGGGAGAUGCCGGUGCUGGACACCUCAGGGCUUUAGUGAGGGGGUGGCUUGCGUCUUAGAAGGGUCCCUGGCUGCUGUGUAGAAAUGCACAGUAGGGGCGCGAGUGACCACCAUGACAGUUGUAGGUGAGGCGAGAAAGGGGCGUGUCUGGGUAGCGCCAGGUGUCAUCCUGUGUGGGUGGGGGAUAGGCAGUCCUCACACAUGGGUGGCAUUUAAAGCUGUGCCCCUGGAUGAGCCGGGGCACCCAGAGAGUGGGUUGGGCCCUGUUGGAGGUCAGAGGCCUGGGGGCGGGGGGCCAGAGGAGGAGCAGCCAUGUGGCUGGAAGGGACCCGAGGCAUGGUGGUGGACUGGAGAAAGAGCUUCAGGAAAGACACAGUAAUGACAGCUCAGGUUCAUGGACAGCUGCUUUGGCCAGAAGGCCAUCGGUGACCUCACCAGGAGUCACUGGGGUGGGGUGAGAUCACAGCGUGGUGGAGGAAGCAGGGGGUGGUCAUUCAUUUCCCGGGGCUGCCAUAACAAAUUACCAUGAUCCGGGCCGUGCCCAUGACCCAGCAGAACACAUGCUGUCACAGCGAGAGGCCAGAGGUCAGAAACCAAGUUGUCAGCAGGCCCAGCUCCCUCCGAGGCGCUGCGGGAGAAACCGCUCCCACCUGGUUCCCGACUCUUCUCCUGCUGGCCGCUGGCAGCCUGGGCAUCCCUGGCUUGAAUCUAUGUCCCUCCCUCCCACCUCUGUUCCCACCUGGCCUGCUCCCAGUGUGAGUGUGUAUCUCUGUGUCUUCUCUAGUGAAUUUAGGCCGUGGUCAUCCAGCAUGACCUCAUCGUAACUGGUUUCACCUGCAAAAAUUACAUCUCUGCCCACACAGGGUCACAUCCCGAGACUGCGGGUGCUCACGCGUUGGGGGGCACCCCAGCCCCUGUGGAUGUGGACACAGUGGGGCUCACAGGCUGUCCUCCCCCUGUGCUGCCACCUGGGCCGUGUGGCACACUGUCCGGCGCUCCUUCCCCGACAGCAUCCCUGUGGGUGGUCGGCACUGGUGGGGUGGGGUUGGUGCCCCCCGAGGCCGCUCUCCGAGACAGUGCUUGGCUUUCCAAGGCAAAUGAGGAAGGCAGGAUGUCACGGUGAGAUGGGCAGAAGCCCCAGCUAGCUCUGGCCACUGGUGUCACCUUGGUGUCUGGGCCAACUGUGGCUAUCUUGGAGGUGCCCUGCUCCUUGGGACAUCUAGGAAACCACCCCGGCCCCACUGACCUCAGGGAAACCUGGCAUGGACGGCCUGCCCGGAUCUCCCCGGAUCUCCCCGGCAUGGUCCAUCGCCUGCAGGUCAGGCAGGCAGGCUCUAGUCCUUCCCCCGUCCCGGGCCAAGCAAAGACCCGAGUUCCCAGAGUGUCCCUAUGUGACCUCCCUGUUGUCCAGCCUGCGCUGACCACAGGCCACUCUCCUCUGUGCUGAGGCCGUAGCCCCUCGGUGUCUUCCGGGGGGCAGGGGUAGAGAGACAGGGCCUGGAGCUGCAGGAGGAAGAGGCCUCUGCUCUGGGGACAUCCCUGACCUCGAGGUCCUCCCCACCCCGAGCCUCCACCGCUUCCCACCAAGGCAGCAUUUCCCCUGCCAUUCUGGACUUAAAAGUCCCGCUCUGCAUCUUGCACUGAAGUGUGGCGAGCGUAGCCAUGCUCUGGGCUUCAGGGAAGGCUUGGAGCCUUCGACUCCCAAGAUGCUGUCCUGGUGCCGAUGGUCGCUCCUUCCUGCACCUCUGACCACCUGGGCUCUGGGAAGCCUGGUCACCCGCCCUGCUGCUCUGAAGCAGCCUCCAGACAGCCAUUUCUCACAGAACCGCCAAAGUCGGCACACGGGCUUUUCUGGUUCCACAACCUUCUGCCCCACAAUGGCACCUGAUUUACUUCAGAGCACCCUCUCUCUCAUUCAGAACAGUCAUUUAAAUGCCCAGCAUCUUAGCCUCCAGGAUGUGGGCAUGGAGGCAGAGCCCAGGUCUACAGGCCAGGUCCCCCCCACCUGGUGGAAUGGCGGUGGACACGAGGUUUGUGGGUGGAGCUGGAUGCAAAGCCCACACCCCCGGCCAGAAGCAGUGAGUGCGGAGACCUUCCUGGGGACUCAGUAGCCUGGCAGGGAGUGACUUCAGACUCCUGCAUGGGGAUCAAAGGUACCGGCUGGCCAGGGCCCCCUUUGUAGGGAGGGAGGGCUGGACCAUCUGGGGACAGGACAGAGAAGGCCUCCAAGGGUGAGCUGGAAGCCGCUCUUUCAUUUGAUGCCUGAGGCCACUCUGCCAUGUGGUCCCUAUCUGGGAGCCUGGACAGGGUGGGCAGGCGGCCCGGGCUGCCCUCGGGGUGUUGGCCGCAGCAGGGCUGGCAUUUCCAGGUUCCUGGGCCUCUGCUGUAGGCACCUGAGAGCACAAGGGCUUCCCUGGCCCCACAGCGAUGCACACUGAGGGUGCUGCUUGCCCAGACAGGGAGGCCCUGGGUUCAAGUCCGAGCUCCAUCUCCUCCAGCAGGGCAGCUGUGGACCAGUUAUUUAAACUCUGUCACAUCCCGCUGUCAUAAACUAAGGACGAUGGUGAUCGUGGCUUCUCUGUGACUGUCAUUCAUUGCUCCUAACUGUCAUCCGCGUUGGCACAUGGCCUACAGAGGAGCCCCACCAGAGCAGCUUCUCUGGGUUAUUCAGUUAGGUUAAAGUCAGAUUCGCUAAGUAUUUAUUUAUUCAACUCCAUAUGAAGCCAGGCAUGGUGGCACCUGCCUGUAAUCCCAGCGCUUUGUAUAUUAAAGUGUUUCGUGUGUAUUUAGCAGCCUGUAGGAGGCAGGAAGAUCACAACUUGGAUCCCAGCCUAGGCAACUUAACUUAGCGAUAUAGCCAGACCCUGUCUUAAAGUUGGAAGGACUGGGGACGGAGCUCCGGGUGAAGCCCUGGGUUCAGUCCCCAGCGCUGGGAAAGCAGGCCCGGGCCGGUGCGCGUAGCCCUUCGCACUCGAGCCCCGCCGCGCUGACCUGAGCUCUGUCCUCUGCU